CGUAAACUCGUAAUUUGUAUUAUUUAUCAAUUAGAUAAUAAAUAACCGCGUUGUAAUAUAAUACAAUUUGUAUUACUACUAUUACUAGUAAACUACGCGAUUAAAUUGUGUAGUUUUGCCUAUUUGUUUGAGGGCUUUACGCAGAAUGGAGGGCACAGCGCGCGUGAAGCAGGAGGCCGAGUGGACUGAAGUGACGGUGAAGGUGGAAGCAGACACUGCAGAGGAAGAGGAGUGUGCGGACGACGUGGCCGGGUGCGGAGUGAGCGCGGCGGCCCUGCUGGCCGGGCUGUACGCGGGCCACGAGGUGAAGGACGAGCUGGUGCUGGGCCCGGAGCGCCCGCACCGCCCCGUACUCGCCCCGGUGCCGAGAGACACCGCCGGCUGGCACGCCACUCCGCCACACGCAGCCUCGGACACUGAACAAGGAGUACACCACACUCCUGACUACGACAGAGAGCCGGUGUGCGACCUGUGCGGACACCGCUUCCACUCCAAGGCUGAGUUGCUGCGCCACGUGGCGGUGCACAUCCAUUUGCCGAUGAGCGUGGAGUGGGCAGCGGGCAGGCCUAAGGUGGCAGUCCAUGGUGGUGUGGCGGCGGGCGGCGCGGGGCGGGGGCGCGCGCUCCGGGGGACACACGCGCGCGCUCACCCCGUCACACCACGCUCCACGCCUUCCACCCGAGCACACACACACUCCCGACCGACGACACGCGGCUAUACAAAGUCUGGCGAUAAACUCUUCGAGUGUAACGAUUGUGGGUACAAGUGCACGCGGAAAUCAUCAUUAUUCACUCACCGGAUGAUUCACACUGGCGAGAAACCGUACAGGUGUAAGCAUUGUAACUACAGGACCCGGCAGCGAGCAUCCCUGCGAACUCACGAGAUGAGACACACCCAUGAAACCGCGUUUAAAUGUAACCACUGCGAGUACACAAGCAUAAGCAGGAGAAACUUAAUAGAUCACCUGAGGAAACACACCGGUGACAAACCUUACAGGUGUAAGCACUGUAACUAUAGAACCCAUCGUGCGGCUCGCUUAAGCGAUCACGUGAAGACACACACUGAGGAAAAGCCGUUCGACUGUAGUGUCUGCGGCUACAAGUGCAAAACCAAAAGAAUCCUGCAGCUUCAUCAAACGACGCACUCCGACCUGAAGCCGUUCCAGUGUCGUUUUUGCGAAUACAAGUGCCGGCGGAAGAGUUACCUGCGCUUUCACGAGAAGAAGCACACUAGGGAAAAUACAGCUCAGUGUAGAUAUUGUGAAUUCAAAUGCGAGAAUGUUGUAGAGUUACGUAAUCAUAUGAUGACCCAUGUCACCCAUGACAAGGAAAGGCCUUUGAAGUGUUGCAUGUUUACUAAUAAGCAAGUUAUAAUAAUAAACUUACCCGUUUUUAGGGUUCCGUAGUCAACUAGGAACCCUUAUAGUUUCGCCAUGUCUGUCUGUCCGUCCGUCCGUCCGUCCGUCCGUC